GCCGGAAACGUGUUCCUGAAGGUGGUGACGACAUAUUCCUGAGACAGGCGCUGGAAUUAAACGGGACAUGACUUUGUCAAGUCUAUUUUCAGUUUAAUAUUUUCAUUAUAUCUUGAAGAACUGACGAACUGCCUCUGCACCAAAAUGUCUGUGCUCAGAGCCAUCAGACGCAACCCUCAAGUGUUGUGUAGAAGUCUGAUCGCGCGCUCUGCGUCCAGUCUGACCGACGGAGAGACGCGACUCACGCGAGUGCUGCAGGAGAAGUUUCCUCGCGCUUCAUCGCUCAAGGUUGUGGAUAUAUCAGGAGGCUGCGGUGCAAUGUACGAAAUACACAUCGAGUCCGAUGAAUUUAGAGGAAAGAGAAUAGUGCAACAGCACCAGUUAGUCAAUCAGGCUCUCAAAGAUGAGAUUAAAGCCAUGCACGGUCUACGCAUAUUCACUGACGUUCCUAGAAAGUAGGAACUGCUCGGCGUCAUUCUCACAUCACGUCAGUCUGACGUCUCACUACCGUAUCAUAUCACACGCCUCAGUCUGUCUCUCUAUAUAAAGUAAAUUAUGCAGAGUUAUAACAGUGGCAGAGGAGUAAUUUACAGAUGUUAUGAAUAAGCAAUGUACAGUUAUGGAAAUAUAGCUAUGGCUCACGAAUGCUGUAAUACGCACAAAAUAAAAGACUGUCAUAUUUUUAAUUUCGUGCCUGUGAAUUAGAGUGUGAAAGGAGAAUGUAAAUGAGAGUGUGCAAGGCAUGUGCAUGGGUUGAAUCUUCGGUCACUGUUCAGUAGUUUUUUGAUCCCGUUGUUUGUGUACGAUCACACUUGAAGUAGCAUUGUCUGAUUUAUUUUCUGUUCUGUCAUUAGGUCUGUUGAUCCAUUAAAUUAUAUCACAUCCUU